GCAGACAGAGUGCUCGCAGGCGGAGUCUCAUCCAGUCCUCUCGUCCGCCGCGUCGGCGGUCGGCCUCUCACGGCAAGCCAAAAAUCUCACCCCUCCGCGCCGCUCGCUCCAAUUCCCGAGCAGCCAAUGGCCGCCGCGCCGGUGGCAUCCCCCUUCCCCGCCUCCUCCUCCUCGGUCGCCGCCCCCGUCGCGUGCCGUCAUCGCUACCCCGCCGCCCGCGCGUCCUCUGCGGCCCGCGAGCCGCCGCCCACCUGGGGGCCGGCCGGCGCGGAGAAGAGGACGCGGCGAGGGAAAGAGGCGGAGGUGGGGGAUGAGGAGGCGGAGAGGCAGCGGAAGGAGGAGGUGAACCGGAAGAUCGCGUCCCGGAAGGCGCUCUCCGUCAUCCUCCGUCGCGAGGCCACCAAGGCUGUCCUUGACCAGCGGAAGCCCGGCAAGGGCACCCGCCGCCUCCUUCCCCGCACCGUCCUCGAGGCCCUCCACGACCGCGUCGCCGCCCUCCGCUGGGACUCCGCCCUCAAGGUGUUCGAGCUAUUGCGGGACCAGGUGUGGUACAGGCCUCACGUCGGCAUCUACAUCAAGCUCAUCACCAUGCUCGGCAAGUGCAAGCAGCCGGAGAAGGCGCACGAGCUCUUCCAGGCCAUGCUCGACGAGGGCUGCGCCCCCAACCUCGAGUCCUACACGGCCCUUGUCUCCGCUUACAGCAGGAGCGGCCGCUUCCGAGAGGCGUUCUCCUUGCUUGAUCGGAUGAAGGACACCCCUGGCUGCCGGCCCGAUGUCCAGACAUACUCGAUUCUCAUCAAGUCCUGCUUGCACGCCUAUGAUUUCGAGAAGGUGAAGUCUUUGCUGGCGGAUAUGGCACGUGCGGGUAUCCGUCCCAACACCGUCACAUAUAAUACAUUGAUUGAUGCUUAUGGGAAAGCAGGAAGGUUUGCUGAGAUGGAAUCGGCUCUUCUGAAAAUGUUGUCAGAAAAUUGCAAGCCUGAUGUAUGGACAAUGAAUUCUACUCUCAGAGCUUUUGGCAGCAGUGGUCAGAUUGAGACUAUGGAAAACUGCUAUGAGAAGUUCCAGGCCUCUGGUAUCGUCCCAAACAUUAAGACCUACAAUAUUUUACUUGAUUCCUAUGGUAAAGCUAAAAUGUAUGAGAAGAUGGGAGCUGUGAUGGAGUACAUGCAGAAAUAUUAUUACUCCUGGACAAUAGUCACUUACAAUGUAGUUAUUGAUGCAUUUGGGAGGGCUGGAGACCUUCAACAGAUGGAAUAUAUAUUUAGACUAAUGAAAUCUGAGCGUAUAAAGCCCAAUUGUGUCACACUCUGUUCAUUGGUUAGAGCAUAUGGAAGAGCUGAGGAAGUUAAGAAAAUAGAGACAGUGUUGAGAAUUGUCGAGAAUUCAGACAUAACAUUGGAUAUUGUGUUCUUCAACUGUUUGGUGGAUGCAUAUGGGAGGGUGGGGUGCUUGGCAGAGAUGUGGGCUGUUCUUGAUUUGAUGAAGGAACAUCGGUGCAAACCAGACAAGGUAACGUGCACUACCAUGAUCAAAUGGUUUCUCAUCAAAGGAAUUGAUGAUCAUCGUGUUCAGUACCUGCGUGACCUCAAAGAUGGGCAAUGUACAGAUGAUAUGUAGGUGUUAACACAAAAGCAUCCUAUGAACUAAUGACUUCUGUCUGCAAUUCUUUCCAACGAUGUGGAACCAUUAUGUCAGAGCCUUGGUUUACAGAGAUGCAUCAAUCUCACCCUGCCCCCUGAUAUCAUGAGGUACUGACUUGAAUGCUACUGAAUCAAACAUUCAAUAUGUGCCCCAUGAUGGUGAUGGAUACGAGAAACGCUUGCAAACUUUGUUUUGCAAGUUUGACAGCAGAGCUAUCUGGCGACAUUUAUUGAUUAGCAAAGCUGCCAAUGGGUAGGGCAUCCCAAGAAUGCAAUUGUUUCUGUUAAAGAUCCGAGCAACUUUUGGUGAUUAAAGAAUAGUGGACAAGAGAGAGGAACAUGAAGAUAGCCUUGUGAAACAGUGCAACUUUAUAAGCAAAUGGACAAGAAAUGCUGGUGACAUUGGUCAGAUUUCGCUCUGCUGUUGUGAAUUUUUAUGUAUAUUGUGCAGCUGUACAUGGCGUGUACCAGUGACUGCUGCAAAGAUGCAGCGUUUCACUUAUUAAUUCUAGGAAACUACUGGUGAUUCAAAGGUUAUGUAAUGGAGAUGCUUUCUGGAACAGCCAUUCUUGGUUCGAGUAACUGCACAA